AUGUACAAGCUGGUCGUCCUGUCCGCUCUGAUCGCCGCCGCCUCGGCUGGCUACCUGGGAGGCUACGCCGCCCCAGCCACGGCCCGCGUCCUGGCCGCUCCCGCCGCCUACGCCGCUCCCGCCGCCUACGCCGCCCCUGCCGUAGGCUACGCCGCCCCCGCCAUCGCCGCCGCCCCCGCCCUGGGCUACGCCCGCUACGCCGCCGCCGCCCCCGUGGCCGUGGCCCACGCCGCCGUGCCCGCCGCCGCCUCCGUGGCUAACACCUACAGGAUCUCCCAGACGGCCCGCGUCCUCGCCGCCCCCGCUGUCGCCCACGCCCCCGUCGCGUACGCCGCCCCCGCUGCCUACGCCGCCCCCGCUAUCGGCUACGGCUACGGUGGUCUGGCCUACGGAGCUGCCCCCGUUGCCAAGGUCUACGGUUAA